AUGCUGCGCCCAUGGAGCGGCGGCGGCGGCGGCGUGGGUGGCACGAGGGGCGUGCCGUGGGCGCGGGUGGCGGUGGUAGUGCUGGUGUGGCUGGGCGCGGCGAUGCAAGUGUCGCUCGCUGCGCCCACCACCAUCAACGACGCCGACGGCAGCGUGCUGCAGGAGUGCCAGGCAGCGUGGGGAGUGACGAUGGACGGGUGGAAAGCGGGGAGUGACUGCGAUCUGGCCGCGCACACACUCGAAUGCAGCGCGGAGGGCAGGGUGCUGGGCAUCAACGUGCGCAACAGGAACCUCACAGGGUCGCUGCCAGCGUCCAUCGGCAACCUUGCUCACCUCACCAUGCUCGAUAUAAGCCGCAACAACAUCAGUGGGCCCAUCCCUGACUCCAUCAGCCAGCUCAAGGCUCUUGCUUAUUUGAACAUGGCGUACAACCAGCUGAGCGGACCCAUCCCCACUGGCGUAGGCCAGCUGCUCAAGCUCUCUGUCCUGCGGGUGCGGCACAACCAGCUCAACGGCACCAUCCCUGACUGCAUCUCCCACUGCUCGCUGCUCCAAUCGCUGCACGUGAGCAUCAACCAGCUCACCGGCUCGCUUCCAGAAACCCUAGGCCAGCUUUCUAAGCUAAAGAAAUUGUGGGCGCACAACAACAGCCUCACAGGCGGCAUUCCCCAGUCCCUCAGUCAACUCUCGUUCCUGCAAGACCUGAAUCUGGGCAACAACAACCUCACGGGCACCAUCCCUGCACCGGUCUUCACGCUCACCAUGCUCACAUCGCUGUCGCUGGACAACAACAACCUCACGGGCUCGCUGCCAGACGCCCUCACGCAGCUGCAAGAGAUCAAGAAACUCAACCUAGGGGGGAACCAUUUAGAGGGCACCAUCCCAAAUGCCAUCAAUAAACUCACCAACCUUGAACAUCUGGAGUUGGAUCACAACGAGCUGCAGGGCUCCAUCCCCACAUCCAUAGCGCGCCUGCAAGACCUCAGCCUCCUCAACCUGGCGAGCAACAAGCUCACGGGCAACAUUCCCACCAAAUUUGGCACCCUCAAGUCACUCAAGUACUUGCAGCUGUCCAGCAACCGUCUAGAGGGGGCCAUCCCCCCCGCUAUUGCUGCCUGCACCGCACUCAAGUCACUGGCGGUGAACAGCAACCAGCUGAGCGGGUCCAUCCCACAGGGGCUCCUCUCCCUCGCACUGCUCAGACAACUGGCGCUAGACAACAACAGUCUGAGCGGGUCCAUCCCAUCGGGCCUCAGCCGCCUCACCAGCCUCAGGACGCUAUCGCUGGCGGGCAACAGCAUCUCGGGCCCUCUCCUGCCUGGCCUCGCGUCACUCAAGCGCCUGGAAACGCUUUACUUAAACCAAACGCAGCUCACAGGGUACCUCCCUCCCGACCUGGGCAGCCUCGAGUUCCUCGAAAAUUUGAGCACGGCCAACACGUCGCUGUCGUGCCCGGCGUCGUCCUCCUCGUGCGUCUCGCCGCUCUCCAAUGCCUCGCGCUUCUGCCACCUCUGCCCCCACUACUGCUCCGCCUGCCUUGCUGGCGCACCGGUGGCGCGCACGGUGGCCAUCGCCGUGGGGGUGUCACUGGCGGUGGUGCUGCUGGUGGGCGCGCUGGGCGGGUGGUUCAUCUACCAGCGCCUCAAGAAGCGCAGAGGCAUGGGCGCGUCCGCUCGAGUGCAAAGCGUGGAGGCAUUCGUGGAGUACUCGCUAGCGGAGGUGAAGAAGGCCACCAACAACUGGGCGCCCGACAACCGCCUGGGCGCGGGGGGCUUCGGCGACGUGUACCAGGGCGUGAACCCGCGCGACAGCAGCACGCGGUGGGCGGUGAAGCGCGGGCGCGUGGUGACAGAGGACUUUGACACGGAGGUGCGGCAGAUGGCCACCAAGCACCACCCGCACCUGGUGCGCCUGCUGGGGUACUGCGACGAGGCGGACAAGGAGCAGCAGGAGCAGAUCCUCAUCUAUGAGUUCGUGCCCAACGGCGACCUCGACCACUGGAUCGGCCCCAAGGCGGCAGGCUCGCUGACGAUACGGCAGCGGGUGGACAUUCUGAUAGGAGCAGCGAGGGGCUUUGAGUACAUGCACAGCUUCAACAUCGUGCAUCGGGACAUCAAGCCUGCUAACAUCCUCAUCACCAACGACAUGCAGGCGAAGAUAGCGGACUUUGGGCUGGUGCGGCAGGAGGAGGGGCCGGGGAGUCUGUCGGCGACGAGGGUGAUGGGCACGCCGGGCUAUGUGGACCCCGCAUACCUGCUGUCUCAGAAGGCCACCACUGCCACUGACGUCUACAG